ACAAAUUUUCGUGUUUGUUAUAAUAUUUUGUAAGCCGAUAACCUAUAGAAAUAUUAUUAUAGAAUUUAAUUUAAUAUGGAAGAAGUUUUUAAAGAUCCCGUUCAACUUUCUUCAGGAGUGAAACUAAAAGAUUUAAUAAGUGGUAACUCGGAAUUUCAAAUAGAUAUGGACUUCAAGAAACCGAAUAUGGGCUUGAUGACAAAUUGCGAUGAUGACCUCUGUCCUGAUAUCGGAGACAGUGAUAGCGACUCUGAAGAUGCAUUCAAGAAUAUAGAAAAGUCAACGGAGAAACAAAUGCUCUCCUGCCCGGAGUAUCACUCGUUCGGCGAUCUCUCGACGAAGAUGGUUGAUUGUAUAUCGACUGGUGAUGUCAAAAUGCUCAUCAUGGAAGAAGGCAAUGGUCCGCUGAUACCAGUAGAUGCGAUGGUGACCAUCCACUAUGCAGCAUAUUUUGAAAAGGCGAAAAUUCCUUUCGAUUCCACACUCACAAUGAAUGGUGGUGCCCCAUUGCGCAUGCGAUUAGGCAGAGGACGGUUUCUACCAGGUCUCGAAAUCGGUCUGACUUGUGUCAAAGGACCGAAGGCUAGGUUCCUUCUGCUGCUGCAGCCGAGGAUGGCAUGGGGGCUCCAAGGUGCUCCGCCAAGGAUUAGACCGGAGCCAGCGCUGUUUGUUAUCUCUUUGUACGACGUUGACGACGUUCAAGCUAUAUCAAGGUUCAACGAUCUGCCAUCGCAGGAACAGAAGAAAUACGAGGUUACGAUGAAAACAGUGAAAUCUCUGCACAAUUACUCAAAAGAUUUGUUCUCGAAGAAGAAGUACUUUAAAGCCGUCAAGAAUUACCAACAGUCAAUAUCUAUACUAAACAUAUCACAGCCAGAGAACGAUCUAGAAAGAGAAGAAGUAGAAAAAUUAAAAAUCAACGCUUACACAAACUUAGCUGUGUGUUAUUAUAAAUUAAAUAAACCCAAACACGUUCUUAAUAUGUGUGCGUCCUUAGAAUAUAUCGUAGAUGUAGAUAAACAUUGCAAAAUCUUGUUUUAUUACGCUCGAGGUCACGAGAUGUUAGGUAAGUAUGAGGAUGCUGUUACAUAUUACAAGAAAGCGCUUAAAUUGCAACCGAAAAACAAAGAAAUAGGUGAAGCGCUUGCGAAUUUAGACAAAUAUAACUUAAAAUCAGCUGAUCAGGAAAGAGAUUUGUGGCAGAAUGCGUUUAAGUGUUCGUCUGCGAAAAAGACAGUCGUCUAUGACGUAGACGAGAGUUUCAAAAAUGGCGUAACUGACAUGUGUCAAAAUUUGGCGGGAAACGAAGAAUAUGCGAAAUUCGAUUUGCCUCCCGGUUUGACGAAAGAUGAGGUCGAAUGUAUAAAAGAUUUGAGUUCGAAAUUUGAGGGAUUAGUCGUUUUAGAGGAGGGACAGGGGAAAAGGAAAAAGCUUUCCAUUGUAAAAAAGUCGCAUACAUAAAUUUUUUAUAUAAAAUAUUUUCUAUCUUUUCACACAUGACGACUUAGUUUUAAAUAUAACCAUAGUCAGUACUCAGUUCCAAACACUAGCAGAUAAGACUAAAGCCGAAUAAAUAAACAUCAUU